AUGGCUGAUCGGAAAAAUGAAAAGGACGCCUUUCAUUUCGUGGCAUUUCAGGAUCCUUCAAACGCGGCGACCCGGAAAUCGUUGGAAAAGUCCCGAGCACGCGCUCAUGCCGCCCGAGUCACACAUUCGAGAAGGAAAGCAAAACGUGGACAGACCGUCGUCAAAUGGAUUGUCGAGAGCUCAGGCUCUCAGGAGGACAACAUUCCAAAGCCCGCACAAGACAAGGUCCAGGUGUCUGGAUUCAAGAUCAGCCCGCUCUCAUAUCUUUCGCAAGACAAGGCCGACCCUUUUGCAUCAAACCCUCACACGGCAUUGCCGAGAUAUUUGCAGUCGAUUCUUGACUAUGCCUACGAGUCUAUACAUCCGAAGCUAGUAACUGUCGACGUGGCCAACGUCAAAAUAGCCUGGAAACGGCUCGGCCAAGACUGGCCAUGUAUGUACCACUUGCAAGUUGCUGCUGCGGCAAACCUCGUCCGCGUAGGCACCGACAACGAGCGGUUCCCCCACAACAUCGAAGUCCUGCGACUGAAACACCAGGCACGAGGGCUGGCUCUGGUGACGAGGGAGCUCCAGACCCUCAAAGGCCCGGCGCCGGAUUCAUUGAUCAUGGCCCUGGUUAUGGUGGCAAACCUAACCGAUCCUAUUCCGAAUCCACCUCAACCUGCAGAAGUAGUUCCAUCCUCUCCCCUGGCGACUGCUCUAAAUCUACACCUCUAUGCCAAACUUACGGUUAUACCUUCGAUGAUCCAAGCACUGUUGGAAGUCGUCGUCAAACGUGGCGGGAUACAAUCUGUACAACAAUAUGGACUCCAACAGAUUCUUCAAUUCGCCGACAUGAUGGUCAGCUCACGGCUCGGGGUGCAACCUUCUUUUCCCUGGCUGCUUCCAGGGCCGUCCAUUCUCAACAAGCCGGGCUAUCAGCCUGACCACAAUGCUGUCAUGAUGUCAAUGGUGAUCGGCACAGGCUUCGGACAGCUAGACCCUAUAGAUGUGGAUUUAGCAAAUGCCCUGAGAGCCGCAGCCGAGGUCACCGUCGCUCUUGAUCACUACCAACAGCGCCGUCCAAAAGCACCAUCUCUGGCCGAUAUUGUCUUUGCAGCGAAUGAGGCUCACCACAAGCUAGCAUCUUUCCGACCGAGGGUCACUCUCGAUCCGCACAAGACCGAAUACUUGUGGGACCUAUGUCGUGUGGCUGGCCUCAUCUACAGCGACUUGGUCCUGUUUCCCAUGCCAUACACGACCGAUGUCCGAGCUCGGCUGGCCGGAGAACUUCGCCUUUACGUGGAGCAUUUUGAAGUAUUUCAGACAGAAGAAGUUAUAUCUCUGGAUCAAGACACCAAAACAGAGGAUUACACCUGUCUGGUGCUGUGGGCUCUGACGCUCGGAGGACUUGCUGCGCUAAACACACCCCACAAGCAAUAUUUUGUUCGGAAGAUGCAGGAAUACGUCUUCCGUUGGCCAUAUGCUACCGAAUGGGAUGCUUACACCAGCCUCAUGGCUACAUAUCUGUGGUGGGAUUGCAUAUUCAUACAGCCUGUGGCAAAGUUGUGGACAGAGGCCACCUUGCCCCUAAGAAAAAUGGCGCACGAAGGCGCUGUAUUCACCCAAUGA